AUGUCAGCGUUCAUGUCCAUUUCCCACAACCUUAAACCCGCCAUAUUGGUCACCCCUGCUCUUCACCACUCUUCCUCAUUCCCAAUACGAUUGACUUUCAAACCACCCUUUUCUCCCACUCUUCCUUUAAAUCUCACCCGAAGACUCUUCCUUCCAUCGGUUUCCGGCAUCUGGGACGCUCUCACCGGCGCCAAUAACAAUUCCCGUGAAGCCGUUCAUGCAAUUCGACGCGGGAUGUCUCUUUUCCGUCAGGGUGAUGUUUCGGGGUCUCUCGUGGAGUUCGACAAGGCAAUUCAGUUGGAUCCUCGUCAAAAGGCGUAUCUUUGGCAAAGGGGCUUGUCACUUUACUACCUUAAUCGACUUGAAGAGGGAGCUCAGCAGUUUCGGUUAGAUGUUGCGCAAAAUCCAAAUGACACGGAAGAGUCCAUAUGGUGCUUUCUGUGUGAAGCUCAACUGUAUGGAAUGGAUGAAGCAAGGAAGAAAUUUCUUGAGGCAAGUAACCCAAGGCCAGUCAUGCGGGAAGCAUAUAACAUGUUCAAAGAUGGUGGGGAUCCUGAGAAGCUAGUAGCUGCGUUCUCUGGUAGAAGAGAUAGUGAGUAUUUUUAUGCUUCAUUGUAUGCUGGGCUCUAUUACGAAUCUCAGAACGAAACAGAUGCUGCUAAAGUUCACAUAGUUGCUGCAUGCCAGUCUUCUUAUGGGCAAAGACCUGAGGCGGAGGGUUUGUUUUUCAAGCAAACCCUUCUUUCUUCUGACAUAUUUUUCAACCAAGGUUAUGUUUAG